AUGUCCACUGAUAUUGUCCUCCUUUCUCUCAUUAACUGGACGGAGUCCCUCCUCACGGCCAUACUCAACGCCACCACCGAGGCCACGUUCAACGAGGCCUUCGAUGCCUUCCUCUCGCAAGAUGUCCACAUCACCGUGAACGGCAAGCAUGUCACUCGCGAGCAGUACAAGAAGCAGCUCUCUUCGGAGAAGUGGACCGAACGUACCUCCGACCCUGCUUCGGUGGCAUUUGAAGGCGCAGUUGAAGUGCCUGCGGACAAGAACGAGCCUAUUUCUAAUGGUGUCGUAGGUCUCUUCUAUAAGGCCACUAUCUACGGCCGGUUCUUCAUCCUCGGCGCCCCCAGUGCCAGCACCGUCAACUCGUCCCUGAACGUCGUCAUCGCCCAGGACAAGUCGAUCCCUGCUCCCGUAUAUCCCCCAGGUGUACGCGGCGACUUUGAUGACCGCAGGGUCACAGUUUUGAACCAGGUGGUCACGGAUCAGGCGAACCCCAUCGUGUUGCCUAAGCCCCUUGCCGAGAACUCCGCUUGA